UACAAGUUUAUCAUUGAUGAUCAUUGUUUUGAAAUCAUGCCAAAACAUGAUUAUAUUCAUAUAAUUUAACCAUUGCUAUGAAGACAUGUCUUACUCUAUUAAACAUGUAUAUAUAAAUUAAGAUUUUAUUAUCAAAUGUUAAUUAAUCUAUACUACAAUAUAUAUUGUAAUGAAUAGAUAUAUUCAAUAUAUUAUUCUAUGGCUUAUAAGCAUAAACUUUACCUUAGUUAUAUCCAAUGAAAGUGUACCAGCUGUACAAAAGAACUGUGCACACCUUAAUGAUUCUUGCAGUCGGAUUUUCUUUCGUCACUGUUGUGACAGCUUAGUUUGUCAUGGGUUCUUCAAUGGAGUAUGUGUUCAAUGUCUUGCUACAAAUAAAUUGUGUAUUCGGAGCUCGGACUGUUGUAGUGGAAGAUGUUGGUUUUUUCACUGUCAAGAAAAACAUAGUAAUACUACUACAGAUAUUGUGAAUACUACAGAAACCCAACAAAAUGAGACCACUUUAUAAAUACGUACUCUGUAAAAAUAUUUACAUUUUAAUUUGUUAAACAGAACAAAUACAAGAUUGUUUGCAAAGA